CGCAGUGAACGCUGAGAGCUGUUGAAGAAGCAAUUUUCCUAUAUGUACUGAGUGAAAAAUUUAAGUUUUCUUAAUAUUUGUGGUAAUUAAGCCACACACAUAAUAUAAAAACAACGCUGAAACAGUUAAAAUGAUGCUUUUUAUGCUGCUAUUCAGUCGUCAAGGAAAACUUCGACUGCAAAAAUGGUAUAUGGCUUAUCCAGACAAGACCAAAAAGAAGAUAACACGUGAACUGGUCACGACAAUAUUAGCCCGCAAGCCCAAGAUGUGCUCCUUCCUGGAGUGGAAAGACUGCAAAAUUGUCUACAAACGUUAUGCUAGCUUAUAUUUCUGCUGUGCCAUUGAGCAGAACGACAACGAGUUGCUGACUUUGGAGAUAAUCCAUCGCUAUGUCGAAUUGUUGGAUAAGUAUUUUGGCAGUGUGUGUGAAUUGGACAUCAUAUUCAAUUUUGAGAAAGCGUAUUUCAUAUUGGACGAAUUGUUGAUUGGCGGCGAAAUUCAGGAGACAUCGAAGAAGAAUGUCCUGAAGGCGAUCGCCUCACAGGAUCUGCUACAAGAGGACGAAGCUGUUGAGGGCACUUUAAGAGACAUUGGACUACUCUAAAAGAAAGCCAAAAAAUACUUAGUACAUAGUUGAUAUAAAACACACGCAAACAAGCACGCACGCCUUUUAUAGAACUCAAACACACACACACACACAAACACCUUAUACACGCAUACAUACAUAAGUACUUAGCUGCAGCAAUUUGAUGCACAACACACACACACACAACUUCACAGUGUAUGUUAAAAAAAAAAAACACACACAAAAUCUUGUUAGUGCGCAUUAAAGUUAAACUCUACAUUAAUUUGAUUUCGUAAGCAUAAACAACAAAGUGCAAUUAGUAUUUUCACAUAGCGAGGCUAAAACUUAAAAAACUAUUCAAACAUGUAGCGCAUCCAGCAGUCGGUGCGGCGGUGCGUCUAAUACAAGCAUAUGGCGCGGUGUCGUCCUCUCAUCCUUAGUAGUGAAUAAAGUUCAUGCAACAUUUACUUAACUUCUCAUAAGCGUUUAACAGUUUAAUAA